AUUUUUAAAAAAAAUUUAAAAAUGCCAAAUCAUACAAGCAUACAGCGGUGAUCGCCAUUCUUGAAUAGUCGAUCGACUCAUAAUUAUUUGUAUAGGCAAUAUAUUGUAGAUCCUUCUUCCCCAAGAAAGCUCGCCACCCAAAAAUUGCUACUUAAUACUCUUUCCAAAGCCCUUCUGAGGCAAUACCAAAAGUUCACUGCCAUGGCGAAACUGAAAAUUGCAGGAGCAUGGUCGGGCGUUUUAGAGGUGGAAUUGGAGGUAUGGACGAUACCCAUGUUGAGAAAUGAGGUGGCGACGCGCUCCAGCUGUGGGCCGGAUUCGAUCAAUCUGAUUUGUGCAGGUAAGGUUUUGAAGGACGGAGAUGGGAAUCAGAAAUUGAGCGAAUUGGGUAUUAAAAACAAUGGUAAAAUUCUCGCCACUCGUGUCUCUCGUGAUGAAGGGAAGUCGCUGAAGGAGGAGUUGGUCGCUGAGGAAGAUCGCUCCAGCAGACUUGCUCGAGUCAAGGCAGCUGCCACUGCGCUGGCCAAGAGACAUGCAGAUGGUUACUUGCCAAUUGAGGAUUUUGACAUAGAACUUGAAGAUCAGAGUGGACAGAAAGUACAUUUGGGAUCAGAGACUGACCAGCGGGCAGUAAUGAUGGGUUUGAUGCUUCAUGCAAAAGGAAAGCAACUAAUUCGAAAGCAAAAUUAUAAAGAUGCAUUGGAAGUGCUUGCUAUGGGCGAGGAGGCAUUCUCUCUCUGCAACCCAAAGGUCAUUGAAAUGAUUGACAAUGCACCCAUACUGCAAAUAGACAUGGUGUGGUGCUAUUUUAUGCUUCAAGACAUCAGCUCACUGUCAGUGGCGGGAACACGCCUUGCAAAGGCUAGAGAAGGAGUUGAACACGCUCAUGGGAAGGACUCCUCCCGUGUUAGACUCCUUCAAGCAGGUCGCCAUCCAGAGAUCGCUUUACACCUUAGACUGGAGCUGUUGGAAGGAGUGGUGGCAUAUCACAGUGGUCAGUUCGAAAAAUCUAGGAAGUCAUUGACAUCUGCGCAAGCUAAAUACUUCCAGCUGCAGGUGCCAGAUGAAGCCUUAUCAUUGAUUAUGAGCAUGGGAUAUAAAGAACGUGCUGCAAAAAGGGCGCUGAGAAUGACUAAUCAAGAGGUUGGAAGUGCUAUUGAUUUUCUGGUUGAUGAGAAGGCAAAGAAAGCACAGAAACGGGAGCAAGAUAUUCAGCGCAAAAUUGAAAUUGUGGAGCAGAAACGAUAUGGAAUGACGCCCCUUAAGAAAGCUGUGGAUCUCCAGAGGUUGCAGGAUUUGGUCUUGAUGGAGUUUGAGAAGGAACUUGCUGCUGAAGCCCUGCGACGAAAUGAAAAUGACAUUCAAAAGGCCUUGGAUGACUUGACAAAUCCCAAAACUAAUUCUGCCAUACAGCUUGAUAUUGAAUCAAGGAAGGCGAAGAGACAGCGGCAGGAUGCUGAAAUUGAAGAGCUUGUAUCCAUGGGCUUUGAGAGAUCAAGAGUGGUUGCAGCCGUCCAAGCUUAUGGCACACCAGAGGAAGCUUUGAGUAAACUGCUCAAACAAUCUGAGUUUAAUGCUCCCAUUGCAGAGUUAUCCGGUUCGGUUGCACCACCAACUGAUGCAGCCCCAGUUAGUUUGAGCAAUGAGGAUAGUGUUGGAGGUUCAUCGAGUGCCAAUGAUGCAGAAGAGCGAGAUGUUGAGAUGGAGGAUGAGAUUGCUAAAGAACUUCGACAAGGGGAUGCUCUGUCGGAUUAUGACAUCGAAGUCACGAAGGAAGGAGAAGCUUUGAAUGAGUACUUGGCUCUGCUGGCAUCUGCAGGCAACUGUGAGAGCAUCAGCUUCCCAGUAGAUCAUCAUUAAGAGUAAAAUAUUUUGAAUAUAAUCGCUCACUUGUAUAGGUGAUGAAUGUACCUUAUUCCUUGUGGUUAUGUUUGUAUUGGACACCGAUUACAGAGAGAAAUGAAGUCAGUUCUUGCUAUCAUAAUGCAUUGGCUGUUCAUAUAA